AUGUCCACUUCACUUCUUCCUUCUGCAGAGCUUCAUCUUCUUGCAUUGCCCAGAGGACCAAUAGACGAAACUGCUAACUCAAAUCUUGAAAACACGCCUGUUAUAACAGAGAUUACUCCAAUUAAUUUCCCUGGGACUCUAUCUCCAACUCCUCCACAUUCCUCCAAAGAUAAUACUAUACCUCCUAUACCUGGAUUUAUUGAAGAGGCAACUGAAGUAGUAGAUGCUGCAGAAGAAUGCGAAAGCUCCCUUUAUGGUUCAGUUGCUGGUUGUAGCAGAGAUCUGUUUCACAAUGAAUGUACGACUUUUUCUCCCGAUACCAUUCGGCCUUAUCCAAAAGCUGCUGUAAGAACAAAUAAAGUAACACGAAAAACUCGCAAAUCAGCUAUUUUAACGGAUACGCCGGAAAAAAAUGUAUUGGCACAAGAACAGAGCAAGAAAAAGGAAAUUACAUCAAAAAAUAGAAAGGUAACUAAGAAAGGGAAGUCAACUGAGCCAGGAAAGAUGAAGAGAGAAAAAACGCCUAAGGAAACAAGGAAGAUUGCUGUGAAAAGGAAGGUCUUACAUGACUCUGAGUCUGACGAAGGAAGUGUAGAUGAUUAUUUUUGCCUGAUAUGUUGUGAACCGUUUGAUCAAAGUCGAGCUGGUGAGGAAUGGGUACAGUGUGUUGUUUGUAAGAAAUGGUCACACGUAAGAUGUGCUAAGGGUAAUGUUAUAUCCUACAUAUGUUUGAAUUGUGAAAGUGAUUGUUCAGACUAA